AUGGCGACAGUGAACACAGAUGCCAUGGAUAGAGACACGUCCAGGUUUAAAAUCGUCCUCACCGUGGUGGUCUCUGGAGUAGAGUGCAUGACUGGCAUGAUUGGGAAUGGCUUCAUCACUGCCAUCCAGGGGGCCGAGUGGGCCAGAGGCAAAAGGCUCCCUGUGAGUGACUGUAUCCUGUUGAAGCUGAGCUUCUCCAGGCUUUUGCUGCAGAUCUGGAUGAUGCUGUAGAAUAUUUACAGUCUAUUCUUCCUGGUCACUUAUAACCAAAACACAGUGUUUAUAAUCUUCAAAGUCAUCACCAUGUUUCUGAACUAUUCCAACCUCUGGCUUGCGGCCUGGCUCAACAUCGUCUCUUGCCUUCCAAUUGCAAACUUUGCUCACUGUUUGUUCUCCAUGAUGAAGAGGAAAAUCAGAGAGCUGAUGCCUCGGCUUCUGGGGCUGUCACUGUUCAUCUCCUUAUGCUUCAGCUUUCGCUUCUCUAAAGAUAUCUUCAAUGUGUACGUAAAUAGUUCCGUUCCUAUCCCCUCCUCCAACACCACUGAGAAGUACUUCUCUGAGACUAACAUGGUCAACCUGGUUCUUCUCUAUAACCUGGGGAUCUUCAUUCCUCUGAUCAUGUUCAUCUUUGCAGCCAUUCUGCUGAUCAUCUCUCUCAAGAGAUACACCCUACACAAGAUACACCCUACACAUGCCACUGGCUUCAGGGACCCCAGCAUGGAGGCUCACAUGGGGGCGAUCAAAGCUAUCAGCUACUUUCUCAUUUUCUAUAUUUUCAAUGCAGUUGCUCUAUUCAUUUCCAUGUCCAACAUCUUUGACAUCAACAGUUCCUGGAAUAUUUUGUGCAAAAUCGUCAUGGCUGCUUACCCAGCUGGCCACUCAGUGCUACUGAUCUUGGGCAACCCUGGGCUGAGAAGAGCCUGGAAGAGGUUUUAGCACCGUGUUCAUCUUCAUCUAUAA